CCUCUCUCUUCAACAAUCAAAUUCUAUCAGUCUAAUAUUCUCUCUAACACAAAGUAAAGUUUUCUGUUUCAGCCUUUUAUCGCUCCGAUUCAUUUUAAACAAAAAAAAACAACCACCAUUUUUACUAGAAACGCAAAAAUGUUUACCUUCUUGUCAGAACAAAAUUCUGUUUCUCGCAGAUGUGUUUGGGUAAAUGGCCCGGUUAUUGUAGGUGCAGGUCCAUCAGGACUAGCUGUGGGAGCUUGCUUAAGAGAACAAAGAGUUCCAUUUGUUGUUAUAGAAAGGUCUGACUGUAUUGCAUCUUUAUGGAAAAAACGAACUUAUGAUCGUUUAACACUCCACCUCCCCAAAAAGUUCUGCCAAUUACCCAAAUUUUCAUUCCCAGAUCACUACCCAGAGUACCCAACAAAGAAACAAGUCAUAGAAUACCUCGAACUGUAUGCCCAGACCUUUGACAUUAACCCACAGUUCAACGAAUAUGUUCAUUCAGCUAAGUACGACGAAACUUGCGGAGUUUGGAGGGUGAAAACUAGUUCACCUAACAGCUCUGAAGUUGAGUACAUUUGCCAGUGGCUUGUUGUGGCUACUGGCGAAAAUGCUGAACAAGUUGUGCCUGAUAUUGAAGGAUUGAAAGAUUUUGGAGGUGAAGUUAUUCAUGCUUGUGAUUAUAAGUCAGGGGAAAAAUAUCAGGGAAAGAAAGUUGUUGUUGUUGGAUGUGGAAAUUCCGGCAUGGAAGUCUCUCUUGAUCUUUCAAAUCAUGGUGCUCAACCAUCAAUAGUCUGUCGUAGCUCGGUUCAUGUAUUGCCAAGAGAAAUUUUUGGGAAAUCAACAUUUGAGCUAGCCAUGUUUAUGAUGAAAUGGUUACCUCUUUGGCUAGUGGACAAGAUUCUUCUUAUUCUUACAUGGAUUAUACUUGGAAAUAUUGAGAGUUAUGGACUAAAAAGGCCAUCAGUUGGACCAUUGACACUCAAGAACAAACAAGGGAAAACACCUGUUCUUGACAUUGGUGCCUUGGAAAAAAUUAGAUCUGGAAAAGUUAAAGUUGUCCCUGGAAUCAAGAAGUUUUCAAGUGGCACUGCUGAACUUGUCAAUGGUGAAAAGCUUGAAAUUGAUUCUGUUGUUCUGGCUACUGGUUAUUGCAGCAAUGUUCCUUAUUGGCUACAGGAAACUGAAUUUUUCUCCAAGAAUGGUUUCCCAAAAGCACAAUUUCCAAACAACUGGAAAGGAAAAUCUGGGCUAUAUGCAAUUGGAUUCACAAGGAGAGGGCUAGCUGGUGUUUCUGCUGAUGCUAUUAAAAUUUCACAAGAUAUUGACAAAGUAUACAAAGAUGAUCUCAAACAAAAGAAGCAAAAAGUUCCCACACAUAGAAGAUGCAUCUCAACUUUUUAAUUCACCUGAAUCAUAUUGAAGUGGAAAAAAGAAAACACCGAAAAAUUCCCUUCUUUUUUAACAGGGGAAUUAAAGAAAAGAGAUGCAUAAAAUAACUGUGUAAAAAUGUAUACAAAAUAUACAAAAGGAAAACAGCUGAAGAUAGCAUAUACAGAGAUUAGCCCUCUCCAAAAAUUAGCUCAAGUUUUUCUAUAGUUUGGGCAUUUUACCCGAGGAUGAAGCGGCGUUUCUCUUCCUUUUUUUUUUUUUUUUUUUUUUUUUUUUCUUGCACGAUUUUUUAAAUUUGUUUGUAUUAACUUCCCAUUAUACAAAUUUGUACAAUUAUUAUUGAUUAUUUAUUAGAAUGACAAAGAUGUUCUUUAUUGUUA